AUGGAUGUGGCUGCGCAUGGUCCUACCUGUACUUGGAACAAUAAACGAAAGGGAAAAGACAACAUCAGAAUCAGGCUGGAUCGAGUUCUCACCAAUGCAGAAUGGCACAGUGCAUUUGGAGAAUUCAUAGUUACUGUUCAACCUUCUCUUGGAUCGGAUCAUUUUCCUAUUGUGGUAGAUACUGAGGGUGGGCGAUUCUCAGGCAGUCGGCCUUUUCGAUUUGAAUCUCUAUGGUUUACUCACUCUGAACGUGCCUUUACUGCAGCCAAAGCAUGGUCUAUUGCAACAGUUGACAAGCCUGGUCUUUCUAUCAAUAAAAAGACCCUAAACUGUAAAGAGGUGUUUACUGCUUGGAGCAAGAAAUCAUUUGAAAAUAUUCAAAAUAGAAUCAAGAUAUAUCUCAAGGAGCUUGGAGAUCUACAGGAAAAUCCAACGCCAACAUCUCAGGAAAGGGAGUGGGAAGUCUCUAAUAUUCUUGCAAUUGGGUUGAACAGGGAGAAACUUCUAUGGCAGCAGAAGUUGUGA